AUGAGCGGGCGGCUCUUGUCAGCCAGGCUGUUGCCUCUCGCCCAGCGAGGCAACAUUGUAUCAGCAGGCCGUCAGUUCCAUCACCACCCAGCAUCUUCCGCCGGCGGUCUUCUCAAGACACAUUCGGCAGUCAGGGCAGCACGAAGACAGACCUGGCCGGCAGGGAAUACCGCCUUCUCUAACGCAGUCAUUGUCCGCAACGCCUCUUUCGUACGGAUACUUCCGAAACUGUUGCUCAAAUUCGCAAGGAUACCGGCUUUGUUUGGUGGUGCUACGAUUGCUGGACUGGCCUAUGUGCAGUAUCAGGCUCAACAGGCCGGGAACUACGCCCUCGAUGUCUUCAACACCACAAAGGAAACUGUAACUGGAGCUGCUGAAGGGUUGUUUGGCGGGGCAAAGGGUAUCGCAGAUCAGACACGGCAAGGAUGGCAAAAUACGAAAGAGCAAGUUGAGUUGCCGGAAUGGUUGCAGAAAGUACUGCGGAUCCAUGAGGAGAUUGGGGAGGGGCCGGGUGGAGAGGGCGAGAAGGGAGGACCCGGAGGCGAGUCGCCAAAUAGAAGCAAGCUAGGGGCUACUGCUGGUGGAGGAACUGCUGCUGCAUAUGGAUACGACCAGGCCAAUGAGGAAGACCCCAGGACUGGACAGGAGACGGCAAGAGACGACCAGAUGAUGGUUCUGACCAAGAAAAUGAUCGAGAUUCGGAGAAUAUUACAGACAGUUGGACAAUCGGACACCUUGAACUUGCCCUCGAUUGUGGUGAUUGGAUCUCAAUCGUCAGGGAAGAGUUCAGUGUUGGAAGCUAUAGUUGGACAUGAAUUCUUGCCAAAAGGAUCGAAUAUGGUUACCCGGAGGCCGAUCGAGUUGACGCUUGUGAACACGCCUGAUUCACAGGCGGAAUAUGGGGAGUUCCCAGCUCUAGGUCUAGGCAAGAUCUCAGACUUUUCGCAUAUUCAACGAACCUUGACGGAGCUCAACUUAGCAGUUCCAGAUUCCGAAUGCGUCUCCGAUGACCCAAUUCAACUGACUAUUUCGUCUCCUUACGUACCCGACCUGUCACUUAUCGACCUUCCUGGUUACAUUCAAGUUGUUGGUCAUGAUCAACCGAUAGAAUUGAAGCAGAAGAUCUCUGAUCUUUGCGACAAGUACAUUCAACCACCGAAUGUUAUUCUUGCUAUCUCGGCAGCAGAUGUCGAUCUGGCGAAUUCCACAGCUCUCCGAGCAAGUCGGAGAGUGGAUCCGAGAGGAGAGCGCACCAUUGGGGUAGUAACGAAGAUGGACUUGGUGGAUGCUACAAGAGGCGCGGCAAUCCUCAACGACCGAAAAUACCCCCUGAGACUCGGCUAUGUUGGUGUGGUAUCACGUGUGCCCCCCCAAACAAGCGGCCUGUUCAAGAAAGGUAGCGAAGGCAUUGCUUCAGCGAUUGCAAAGAAUGAGCACUCUUUCUUCUCUUCACACCCUCUCGAAUUUGGGCAAGAUGCCGGCGUAGCCGUGGGAACAACAACGCUGCGCAAGAAGCUGAUGCAAGUCCUCGAACAAAAGAUGGCUGCGAGUCUACAGAGCACGGGCGAUGCCAUCCGCCAAGAGCUAGAAGAAGCGACUUAUGAGUUCAAGGUCCAAUACAACGAUCGGCCCCUUUCAGCAGAGUCAUAUUUGGCUGAAAGCUUGGACGCUUUCAAGCACUCGUUCAAAGAGUUUACAGAAAGCUUUGGACGGCCACAAGUCCGAGAAAUGCUCAAAGAGGAGCUGGACCAACGAGUCCUUGACCUCCUCGCAUCUAGAUACUGGAACAAGCCAGUAACAAACCUCUCCCCCCCGCCUCCCGAACCAGACUCCCUUGUAGAUCUACCUAACGCUGAUCCCGAAUCUCUCUACUGGCACCGUAAACUCGAUGCCUCCACCUCUGCCCUUACGAAACUCGGUAUCGGCCGUCUAGCAACAACAGUUGUAGCGAACGCCCUCCAAUCCCACGUCGACCGCCUCAUCUCCCAAAGCACAUUCGCAUCCCACCCUUUUGCUCGCCAAGCCAUCACCGAAGCUGCGUCCGGAAUUCUCAAUGAGCGAUUCUAUAGCACCUCUGACCAAGUAGAAAACUGCAUCAAACCUUACAAAUUCGAAAUCGACGUCGAAGACGGUGAAUGGGCACGAGGCAGAGAAAAUAUAGCAGACGUCUUGAAAAAGGAACUCCAAGCUUGCGAAGAAGCUGUGAAAGAUGUCGAGAAAUCCGUAGGCGGGAAAAGAAAAUUGAAGGAUGUCAUGUUCUUCGUUGAUAAAGCGAGGAAAGGCGAAGUAGAAGUUGUUGCCGAUGGUGCAAGUGGUGCCGGUGGCUACUCGUCGGACUUGUUGCAACGAGGCCGCGAAGCAACUUUCCUCCGCGACCGAGCCCAACUUCUGCGUAUGCGCCUCACAGCCCUCCGCUCUAAACAAUGCUCCUCUCCCUCUUCCCGCUACUUCUGUCCGGAGGUCUUCCUCGACGUCGUCGCCACCAAGCUCACCUCCACCGCAGUCCUGUUCCUCAAUGUCGAGCUCCUCUCAGAAUUCUACUACAACUUCCCGAGAGAGCUGGAUGUUAGACUUGGCAGGGGACUGACGAAAGAGGAGGUGGAGCGGUUCGCGAGGGAGGACCCGCGGGUGAGGGGUCACCUGGAGGUUAUCAGGCGGAAGGAGUUACUUGAGCUUGUGCUGGACAAGAUGGAGGGCUUGAAGGAGCUAGAGGUCGAGGAGAGGGGGAAGAAAAGGGGGAAGGGGGUGGAUGACCCCGUGAGCAGGGGAAAAGAGGGAGUAGCGAGGAAGGGAUGGGGUUUAUUUUAG